UUCAAGCAAAUGGAAUAUUCAAUUUCUCAGCAUCAGCAACCGGUGAACAUGUAAAAUUUAGCUCCAUCCGGGUUCUUACAUGAAAGAUGCUGAAACUGAUAAAAAUAUUUGCGAAUUGGAAAAAGAAGUUGUUUCUCUUGUAAUGGAAAUAAGAUGCUGUAUAUACAUGUUCUGAGAACAAAGUAAAGCAUAGGAACCAAAAAACAUGUAUAGUUCUGCAUUUCAACAGAAGUAACACAGGUUUAUUCUGCAGAGAUUAAUAUAGGAUACAAUGUUGGUCAACAGAAAGACAAGUUUCCGGGAGAACUUACCUUUGUCAGACUACGGUCCAGAUGAAAAUCUCAAUGACAAUGCUGACAUUGAUUGGGUCAACAAAGAUUGGGUGCGAAGGUUGUUCAGAGGAUGUGCCCUGGUCAGCGUAAUGUCUGUCAGUAUGAACACACCAGCAACAUUUCAAUAUGUUCCGUCACUGGAAUAUCUGACAUUUGUCCUUGAUCUGAUUGUAACAUUUCUAUUCACUGCAGAAAUGAUUGCCAAAAUGCACAUUAGAGGGAUACUUAAGGGUGAUGUACCAUACCUACGUGAUCGAUGGUGUCAGUUUGAUUUCUUCAUGGUAUUUUGUCUUUGGAUCUCAGUCAUUCUACAGGUGUUUGAGCUGACGAGAGUUGUCCAGCCUUAUUCUUAUUGGUCAAUAUUAAGGUGUAUGCGACCACUGAUCCUGAUCCGAGUUUUCAGGGUUUUCCUGAAAUUCUCACUUCCUAAAAAUAGAAUCAACUCGAUAUUCAAACGUUCCGGACAACAGAUCUACAAUGUAACCAUAUUUUUCCUGUUCUUCAUGAUGCUGUAUGGUAUACUGGGUGUACAAAUAUUUGGUGAGCUGAAACAUCAUUGUGUGAGGGAAAACGUAACCAAUACUUCUAAGAUAACAUUAUAUGACCUGGCAAUCCCAGACACAUACUGUUCCCCUGAUGACCAACCUGGAUACCAUUGUCCUAAAGGCAUGAAAUGCAUGUCUAUUGAUAUCCCAAAGAAUAACAGAGGAUUCAAUGGAUUCGAUGAACUACCAACAAGCUUUUUCACUGUAUAUGAAGCCGCCUCACAGGAGGGCUGGGUAUUUCUGAUGUAUAGAGCCAUGGACAGUUUAGAAUCUGUACUUGCCAUCGUCUAUUUUAUAUCCUUGAUCUUCUUACUAGCCUGGCUUGUUAAGAACAUCUUUAUUGCUGUUAUCAUUGAAUCCUUUGCUGAGAUUCGUGUACAGUUUCAACAGAUGUGGGGAUCACGGGGCACAGACACAGACUCUGACUCUUCACAGGUAAUACAACAAGAGGGUAAAACAUGGAAGAUGGUGAUAUUGGAUCAGAAUAAACCACAGGGAUUGGCACCACCUAUAUUUCAACAGAUACUACGAUCUAGUGCAUUUCAUGCGUUCAUUUUAUUGAUGGUGCUGGCAAGUGCCAUAGCCGAAGCUAGUCUCAGUUUUGACGGGGAUUCUGUGGAUCCAGAAAAUACGAUGGACACCUUUUAUUAUCUAGAGGUAUUCUUCACUCUAUUGUUUGAUCUGGAAGCUAUAUUCAAGAUUUGGUGUCUUGGUUUCCGUGGUUACUGGCGACGUUCCCUUCACAAGUUUGAGCUCUGUCUUGUUAUUGGUACAACUCUACAUAUCAUACCUGCCUGGUACAGAACCCAGCUGACCUAUUUCCAGGUAUUAAGAGUGGUGAGACUGAUUAAAGCAUCACCAAUGCUGGAGGAUUUCUGCUGGAAGAUAUUUGGUCCUGGGAAAAAGUUGGGAAGCAUUGUUUUGUUUACAAUGUGUCUGUUAAUCAUAGCCUCUAGUAUCAGUCUACAACUUUUCUGUUCUAUCGAGGGAUUUGAUAACUUCGAAACAUUUCCCAAGGCUUUCAUGUCAAUGUUCCAGAUUCUCACCCAGGAGGGUUGGGUGGAAGUUGUGUCUGGCACACUUUCGCAUACACCAAGCGAUUUUUUUAUUGUGUUAAUACGUCUCUACUUUCUUUUCUACCAUCAAUUUGUUAGUGUG